AAGAUUUAGGAAAUAAAAGAACACACGAGAUUCACAUGAGAAAAAAAAACGAAAGUAGUCAUAGCCUGAGUCCCCAAUCGCUGCAAGGAGCUACGUUCUAGGUUUUUUCUUCUCUGAUCAUCUCCUUCCCAGCUUCAGCUGAUUUGACGCUCCUGCUGCGUAGAUAGGGGUCUCGAUUUCAUCUAGAUACGAAUGUUUCGAUGAUUUGGAACUGGAGUGAUUUAUUUUGAUUUAAAGAUGAGUGAAGCCCUUUCGUUAUCUGAUGGAUCUGCUGCAUAUUGUGUUUGUUAUGAAUCUUUGUUGCUUCGGGAGUGUGUGUCUUGUUUUGUUUUGUUUCCGUGAACAGAUGGAGAAAAGCUUCUCCUUUUGCUUCGUUUCCUUUUUUAGUUUAGAUCUUCAAAAGGGGAAACUUGUAGAAAAUAACUCCUUUUGUUUCUUGUUACUACUACAGGGCGGUUCUACUUGCUUGCACUGUUCUUUCAAUGGUUUCGUUCCUAAGAUGACAGUCAAGGCUGCUGAGGAUAUUCUAAACAUCUGUUAAGCUGUUCGGAGUUACUUCAAAAAAUGGAUGAUGAUAAUGGGCUAGAGCUCAGCUUGGGUCUCUCUUGUGGAGGAUCAGCUAAGGGUAACGCUGGAAGCUCCUCGGAGAAGCACAUAGUACAAGGAGGAGAUAGGAGUGCUAAAGUGAUUGAUGACUUCAAGAACUUCCUUCAUCCAACUUCUCAGAGACCACCUGAGCCGAGUUCUGGUUCUCAGAGAAGCGAUUCUGGUCAACAACGACCUCCACAGAAUUUCUUCAAUGACCUCUCCAAAGCUCCUACAGCUGACGCUGAAGCUUCCACGAAACCUUUGUGGGUGGAGGAUGAUACAACACGACAAGAAGCAGGAAACAAAAGAAAGUUUGGGUUCCCUGGGAUGAACGAUGAAAAGAAGAAAGAGAAAGACUUGUCAGCUGAUCCGCAUGAGAAGAAGACAAAAGCAUCCCAUGUUUCAAACGCUACUGAUGAAGGAUCAACAGCUGAAAACGAAGAUGUAGCAGAAUCUGUAGUAGGUGGUGGUGGUUCUUCCUCCAACCUCGCUAAGGAGGUGGCUCGUCCUACCGCUGAUGCAAACGUUGUGGACAACUUAGCCGGUCAAAGGAAGAACAGCCAUGUUGGGUCAGGUGCUGAAGAGUUUACUACAGUCCGCAACAUGAGUUACACCAAACCGUUCACUGGUUUAUCUUACUCUUUUCCAGCAAAAGAGUCUGGACAACAUGCAGCAGGUACAAGUCUAACACAGCCUACUGCUAAUGCUGGGAAUAAUCUCCCUCUUAUGUUCGGAUACUCACCGGUUCAGCUUCCUAUGCUGGAUAAGGAUGGUUCAGGCGGCAUUGUUGCCCUUUCUCAGUCUCCAUUCGCCGGAAGAGUCCCAUCAAACUCGGAAGCUACCGCGAAAUGUGAGGGAAAACAGCCUGUUGCAGAAGAAGGCUCAUCAGAGGAUGCAUCAGAACAACCACCAGGAGACAGCAACAACAACAACAUCAGUAAUGCUUUCUCUUUUGACUUCUCUGCCAUAAAACCUGGAAUGGCAGCAGAUGUGAAGUUUGGAGGAUCUGGUGCACGUCCUAACCUGCCCUGGGUCUCAAGCACUGGCUCAGGCCCACACGGUCGAACAAUCUCGGGUGUUACAUACCGGUACAAUGCAAACCAGAUCAAAAUCGUAUGUGCUUGUCACGGCUCACACAUGUCGCCGGAGGAGUUUGUCAGGCAUGCAAGCGAGGAGUAUGUUAGCCCGGAGUCAUCUGUAGGAAUGACUGCUGCCUCGGCUCAUACCUGAAAGUCGCCGGAGAAGUCAAAAGUGUCUUAUAUCUUUGUAAACAAAUGGAAGAAGAGGGGUUUCUUUUCGGAAGAUAUACUCUAAGGCCAAAGUUUUAUUGGAGCUUUCCACUAUGUUACUGUAAUCUCUCUGUUUCUUUUGUUCCUCAUUUCAGCUUUCAUCACUUUUGUGUAUUACCAUUUAGUUUUGUAAGAUUCUUCUCUUUGUUUUUGGGUUCAAAUAAAUAUUCUGAGAAUUUACUUU